UCCUCUACCAGUGCCGCUCUCCGGAGGAUGCCAUGGUGUUUCAGGUGUUUUUCUCUGUGCUGGGAAUGUGCUCUCUGCUGGUUCUGGGAACCUGUGAGGUCUGUCAGUCCACAUGUGGAGCUCAGGCACCUGGAGACAUCCUGCUUGGGGUGCUCAGCUCAUGUUACCCUGUAGUGCAGCCCUUGAAUGAAUGGAUUCAACCAGAGAGCUUCAACUGCACAGAUUUCAAUUUGCUGUCCUUUGUGAGGAUGCUGGCUGUCACUCACACCAUUGAUAUGAUCAAUGACUCCGGAUUCCUUCCUGGGGUGCGGCUGGGGUACCUCAUCUGUGACACGUGCUCCAAUCCCAUCAAAGCACUACAAGUUGCAGAGCACCUCCUGUCCACUAACGGCACGCUGGAGGUCCAAUGUGACCACACUGAAAGAACGCCGGUCAAGGCUGUAAUUGGGUCUCGCUACUCCGAGCUCUCCAUCACUGUCGCCAGGCUUCUGGGCCGCUUCAUGGUUCCACAGAUUAGCACAUCAGCCUCUGCAGACAUCCUGAGUGAUAAGGUGCGGUUCCCGUCUUUCCUGCGUACCAUUCCAGGCGAUGUGCACCAGACUCGAGCCAUUGCCAAGUUCAUGUCAUCCUUCAGAUGGGACUGGGUUGGCGUGGUCUAUGGUGAUGACGACUAUGGCAAGUCUGCCCUGCAGAGCUUCCUGCUGGAUGCAAGGGAGGCCAAGGUGUGUGUGGCUUAUCAGAAGGUGAUGCCCACCUACCUGAACAAUGAAAAUACAAACCCCAGGAUUAAGGAAGUUGCAAAGACGAUCCACUCCUCAACAGCUCAGGUCGUGCUGCUCAUCCUAAAUGAGCAGGUUGUGAGAAAAAUUUUUGAAGAAAUGAUGAAGACCAACACCAGCAGGAUCUGGAUCGCCAGUGAUGCAUGGUCUUUGGCCCAGUCCUUAGCCAGCAUGCCGGGGAUCAACAGGGUGGGGGAAAUCUUUGGCUUCAGCUUCAUCACAGGGCAGAAUCCAGGUUUCAGUGAGUUCCUUCAGAACCUUCAGCCAGGUCCAGGGGCCGUGAACCACUUUAUUGAGGAGUACAAAAACCUGAGGUUUGAAUGCACUCCAGAGCUACUGCAGUAUAAUGAGUGCAUUGCCAACAACCCUCCAUCCCUCUGCACCAGGCCACCCUCCAUCACUUUCAAAUCUCCACUGGCCUGCAGCAUCCCAGACCCCCAGCAAGCUAAUGAUGACUUCCUGACACAAAGUGUGUAUUUAAAUGUGACCUAUGGAGAGAGACUGGCUGUAUGGGCUAUAGCUCAUUCCUUGAGGAAUCUCCUGCAGUGCAAUGGGACUCAUUGUCCAGGAGAGAAGAAUUUUCCUUCAUGGAAGCUUCUGCAGGAAAUGAAGAAGAUCAAGUUCUCUUUAGACAAUCGCCUAUUCAGCUUUGACCAGUUUGGAAACUUUGCCAAUGGUUAUGACUUGAUCAACUGGAAACGCCUGGGAGACAGGAGACAGUUCACCGUAGUUGGUGGAUAUAAUCCAAAUACAGGAAAUGUGGAAGUUGACAAGUCUGAAAUUGUCUGGAGUACCCUAAAUAAUGCGGUCCCAGAGUCCAGGUGCUCACAGUCAUGUCCUCCUGGUACAUUUAAGAAAGUUUCAAAUAUAUCUUGUUGCUACAACUGCACCCGUUGCGAGGAGGGAACGUACUCUGAUGUCUCAGACAUGCAGAAUUGCCUUAUUUGUCCCAAGGACAUGUGGUCACUGAAAGGUUCGGUGCAGUGCAGUCUGAGAACAGAGACCUUCUUUGGGUGGAAUGAGCCUUAUGCCAUCGUCUUGUUGACCUUUGUGGGCCUGGGGCUCCUGUUGCUGCUGAUAGUGUUCGUUGUCUUCAUGGCAAGCCGACACAGUCCUGUCGUGAAGGUAGCUGGUGGGAAACUCUGCUAUAUCAUGAUGGCUGCCUUGGUGGUCAGCUUUGGAAGUGUGGUCCUCUUCAUGGGCAAGCCCAGUGUUCACAUUUGCCGGGCUCGUCAGACCAUGUAUGGCUUGGGUUUCACCCUCUGCGUCUCCUGUAUUCUUGUCAAGGCAUUUCGCACUUUCCUUGCCUUCCUCUUUAACUUAUACAAACAGCAGAAGCUGAAGAAGCUCUACAAGCCCAUUGCCAUCAUUGCUGUUUUCACAACUGCCGAAUCAUUGAUCUGCACCUUUUGGUUGGUGUUUGACUCACCAAAGGUGGAGACCAUCACCUCCAAUCAAAGCAUGAGCAUCUUCUUCCAGUGCAAUGAGGGAUCCGGGGUGGGAUUCGGCAUCAUGCUCAGUUAUAUUGGACUUCUGGCUUUCGUCUGUUUCCUCCUGGCCUUCAAAGGGAGGAAGGUCCCACAUCGGUUUAAUGAGACAGGCUACAUCAUCUUCAGUAUGCUCAUCUACCUUUUUGUGUGGGUUUGCUUCAUCCCAAUCUAUGUGACCAAAAGCCAACAACGUUCAGCUGUCCAAGCUUCAGCCAUCCUGGUCUCCAGCUACGGCAUUAUUUUCUGCCACUUUCUCCCAAAAUGCUACAUGAUCCUCUGCAAGAAGAAAAAAGACAUCUCCCCUGAGGCAUACCGGGAGAAAAUACGCAUCUUUGCCAUCACUUCAGGAAAUCAAGCACUUUGUCACUUGUCCAAAGACUCCGGAAUUGGUGACAUGGAGACAGUGGCCACGGCCAGUUCCAUGAACAUAGAAGUGUCCACGGUGGGGAGAGGUAUCAGUCUUAAUGACCCAUCCCUCUCUCUGAGGAAGAGAGUGAGAAGGUCUUCCAUUUAAGAACAGCAUAGUUAACCUAUAAGGUCUAACCUUAUAAGUUCUGUGUAUUUAAUAGGAUAUUGAACUUGGACAUUCAUAAAGAUGGAGGAU